AUGGCGCGGGAUCGGAUCCAGUUAGACUUCAUCAUUACCCCGAACGACGAGUCCCAACCACCAUAUAGCUGGCAGAAAUCACCAGCUUCCUCGAGCACCUCCGCGGGGCCGUCCCGCGUUGUGGAGGUCGCCGAGAGCACCAGUUCAGAUAGCCCAGAACCCGACGUUGAAUCCACCACGCCUACCACGGCUCGCAAGCAGUCAACCGGUUCGGAGAAGAGUUCGGGCGGUGGCACGUCGGGAAGCAUCAGGAAGGGUCGAGGCAAGCAGGCAUUCCGCCACCGUAAAUCUCAUAUUAAAUCGAAGAAUGGCUGCUUCAGCUGCAAGGAGCGGCGCGUCAAGUGUGACGAAGACAAGCCCGAAUGCCAGAACUGUCUCAAACGCUCCUUACGAUGCGAGUACCCUCCCCCACCGUCGGCGCCGGAGAUCGUCUUUGCACAACCUUUUGUAGUUUCAGAUGGGAAAGGCAAGAAUGGGGGCGUUAUUCCUGUCGCCAUAAAGAAGCUCGAGAAGUCGUUAAAGCCAAUAGACCUUGGUUAUAAAUUCAUUCCUAAGGCGUUAGAAUUCCGGAUGUCAAAGUACAACCAGAUACCGGUUCAAGUGGGCAUGCCGGAUCUUCGUCUGAUGCAAAACUUUACGAUGAAUGCCAGCCAGACGUUAAUAUUGGGACCUAAUACGACUCUCUGGCGAAGAGAUGCUGCCGAGCUUGCUUUCAAGCAUAAUUUCCUGAUGCACGCCCUUCUCAUGUUCUCGGCACGCCAUUUAGCUGUUCUUGAACCUAACGAGAAAGAACACCGAAUCCACGAGCUUCAGCAUCGUCAGCAUGCCCUCGGUACACUGAGGCUUACUCUCUCCGACGUGGGAGUUACGGCAGCGAACUACGACGCCCUGAUAGCGGCCAACACACUGCUUGCUUUCCAUUCUUGUGCGGCUUACGACCACCAUGAUAUUGAUGCUGCCACGGACGAGUACCUACCUCUUAUGAACGGGGUUAAGAAUAUCGUGAAGGAAAUGUGGGGAAAGAAAUCGGACAGUAUAUUCGGCGGACUACUAUCCAUGCCCUUAACAAUGGACUCGCGAGACGUGGAGCUGGACGGUCUCGAGAUUAUCGAGAUGUUGCAAGAGGAAGAAGGCGCAGAAGUUGAUCGAACAAAUCUCAUUUCGGAGCCUCCUACGGACUGUAGCGAUGAAGAUAAAGAUCUUAUCAUGGAAAUCUUGCGGAAGAAAUGGCAGUCGGAAUCCGGACCCUGGCAAUCCGGUCUCGACCUUGUGGCAGCCGACAAUAUACAAAAUUUUGAUUGGGAGUGUCACGGUUCAAUCAUAUACCAGAAGGUAUUGCUUUCGCUAUUGCCACUAUUAGAGGCCGUCAGAACCGCCCCGGAUUCAAUUCAUAUGGACAUGACAUCCAACAUUUCCUGCGCUCUUGUGGCAUGGCCGGCAAUGCAACCUGAUCGCUAUAUUGAGCUAGUUCAAAGAAAAGACCCCAAGGCCCUUAUAAUUCUUGCGCAUUAUUAUGCCGCUAUGUGUCACCUGGACUUGGAUCAAUGUUGGUGGCUGCAGGGUCGACCGAACGCCAUGUGCCGCGCUAUUUGUCGAGAGAUCGGUGACGCUUAUUCCCAUUUAAUGAGGUGGCCACGGGAAGCCUGUGAAUUUAGCAAAUGGGAGGAUAAGAUGGACACCGAGAAAGUCCCGUUAUCUUCUGCUCUGGAGUUUACCCUCAAUUUUGAGAAACCAUGA